GGACUGCUCGGUGUUGGAAAGAGUCGGUCGAUGUGGAUCAUUGUUAGUGCUGGAGACCAGCAGCAGUGUGUGUGUGAGAGUGAGUCUCGAUCAGAGUCCUGCUCUCGACAGCUCUGGAUAAAAACGAGAGUCCUGCUCCAGAAGCCUUGCAUAUAGAAACGGCCGAUUCAUAUAAGAGAUUGUGAAUUAGAGGCUUAGCACUGUUUAUGUGUUUGGCUAGGUUGCUAACUGGCUGGUGUCCUAAUGGAUAGAGCCUCUGAGUUUGAUGUGAGUAUGUGAGCCGCUGAGCGUCUGGGAAACAAUGUUUCUUGUGUUUGUUUUGUCGGAGCGUCUCGCGCUCCAGAGUAACAGCAGCGCGAGCGCUCCAGCCCGAGCAAUGAUUCAAAGCAACCGAUCCAGAGACUCUCUCCUUAAGGACUGACUGAAGAAACUCUCUCAGACCAGCUUCUAUGUGCAUCAGCACUCUGCACUGAAGAGCAAUGCCUAUGAGAAUGUCUUAGUCCAGCAAGCACUUGCAAGGGGGGACUCUGCUGGUUUUUCCCCCUUUGGGAAGUUUAGUUGAUGAGCCAACACUAGUGAUGGAGAUCCAUUGACUCCUGUCCUUGACACUAUCCAUUGCCCUUUCCCCCUUUACCCUUUACCCCUGCCUGGCCUGGCUAGUGCACGAACAUGCUGCGCUUCCUUCCCCUCAAGCUUGGCCGUUUGUACCGGUGUCUGAAACUUAUUUUUGUCAUUGGCCUGUUUGUUAUCUUGCUGAUGAACACGCACAACCUCUUAGCCUCUUUCCAAAAGAAUGAACUUACCGAUCGCAGGUUCAUCAGCCUCAACAAGUGCCCAGCCUGCUUUGGCACCAGCUGGUGUCGCAAGUUCAUGAAUGGACAGAUAUCUUUCGAGACAUGGGGUCGCCUUCGCUUCCUGGAUGUCUUCAAUGUGAAAAACGUUUUCUUUGCCCAGUAUGGGGAGCCUCGUGAGGGUACACGGAGGAUUGUACUCAAGCGUUUGGGUUCCAACCAAGAGCUUACUGAUAUUGACCAGAAGAUUUGCAAGCGAGCAACGGGCCGAACUCGUUGUGAUCUUAUCCAGGCCAUGUACAAGACAGAGUUUGCCCGACUUAAUGGGGACGUCAGACUCCUAACCCCAGACGUUGUGGAAGGCUGGUCAGACCUUGUUCAUUGUCCAUCCCAAAGACUGCUGGACAGAAUAGUCAGGAGGUAUGCUGAGACAAAGGACUCUGGAAGCUUCCUUCUGAAGAACCUUAAGGACACAGAAAGGAUGCAGCUGUUGAUGACAUUGGCUUUCAAUCCAGAGCCCUUAGUGCUUCAGAGUUUCCCAUCAGACGAAGGCUGGCCAUUUGCGAAGUACCUGGGUGCAUGCGGGCGGAUGGUGGCGGUGAACUACGUGGGAGAGGAGCUGUGGAGUUUCUUCAAUGCGCCCUGGGAAAAGAGAGUAGACCUGGCCAAGCAAUUGAUGGACAUUGCAGAGCAGCUUACUAACAACGACUUCGACUUUGCUCUCUAUCUGUUGGACGUUAGCUUCGAUAACUUCGCCGUGGGCCCGCGGGACGGGAAGGUCAUUGUUGUGGAUGCGGAGAAUGUUGUGGUGGCCGACAAGAGGUUGAUCAAACAGAAUAAGCCUGAGAACUAUGACGUCUGGUAUGAGAGCAAGUUUGAGGAGUGUGACAAGGAGGCCUGUCUUUCCUUCUCUAAAGACACGAUGUGCUCGCGGGUCACAGUGGACCACAACUAUUACGCCAUAUGUCAGAAUCUACUUUCACGAUAUGCUGUGUGGCGGGGCAGCUCCGGCGGACUUCUUCACGACCCCCCGCCACACAUAGCCAAAGACGGCCAGCUCGAAGUGCUGUUGGACGAAUGCGCCAACCCUAAAAAGCGAUACGGCCGCUUCCAGGCAGCUAAAGAACUGCGCGAGUACUUAACCCAGCUAAGCAGUACCGCUAGGUAAUGACCGCCCAUCCCUGGCCAACAGGGCUAUGCAAUUCACAUGCGAUUGUCAUGCGCAUCUCGUUUGUGUGAAAGUGAAAAAAAGACGGUUCUGUGAUUAGUAGUAAAUCUCUAUCACCUGCUUUCAGAUGGAGCGUCAUUUUAUACACAGAGGCGUAGUUCACUGACAAGCUAUGUAAUAUUGAGUUCAUUAUCGCAGGCGAUUUGAUCUGCGUUAAUGAACGUGAUAUUUCCUGAUUGUCAGUGAACUACUGCUCUGUGUAUUAAAUGCCGCUCCAUCUGAAAGCAGGUGAUAGAGAUUUACUAAUAAUCACGGAACUGGCAUUACUGACGAGAUGUGCAUGACAAUCGCAUGCGAUUAAUUGCACAGCCCUAAUGUCCGAUGAAAUCUUCAGGCUUUGAGGAUCCCGGUUUGAAGGUCUGACGAAGCUUCAGUCUCAAACCAGUCGUCCUUCACUGCAUUCUGUUAUGUGUACAUUUUAUUUUGCCUACGUUAAUGUUUAAAUUAUUGAAAUGUCUUGAGUUCAUUGCUUUUAUUCAGUGGUUUAUUUUGCAAUAAAGGCAGCAGUUAGGUCACCAUUGUCAAAAUCCUCCGGUUUCUCGCUGGAGGCUUAAUUGAAAAAUGGCGACCCUCAUAAAGGCAGCUGGGAACGUUAGUCCACGAGCAUUAACUCUGUCCAAAUUUUUUCAGAGAACGCCUUCUGCCUAAUUGUUUCACUUACAUUCCAGGAAGAAUGAGUUUGGCGUAAAGCAUAACGUUAGAGAGGAUGUGGAAAUCUCUACUUAAUUAGAGCAAAUUGGAGAGGGGAAAUGAGUUGCAAUUGCUUUGCAUAUACCAAAGAGUCUGUUUUUAUGUAACUCAAACCUCUGAACUAAAAGUGCAGAGCCUAAAAACUGAGCGUAGUCAAACCACCCCAGAGCAGAUCCAUGAAUGCGGUUAGACUUAUUACGAAGGUUUGUGUCUGUAUCAAUCAAACCAUGUCCAGAGAGACGGCCACAAUGAAUCCAAAUUACAUGAUGCAAUUAAAUCAAAGCGAUGUCCAGUUCUCUAAUUAGUCGUUAACUAUAAAUAAUGUACUGGCACAUGGCGUGAUGCAGCACUAUCAACUCAUUCAUGUGUGAAUGUGCAUCCACAAAUGCAGGCUGAAACUGAACUUUCUGUUUUUAAAAUCCGUCUUAACAUUUCAAUUUCACAGCUUUGCAAUUAAAUUAAUCAAAAUUGAAUUAAACGUCUUUAACACUUAAGAUAAUUUAACUUUGAGCCAUCUGCCUGCAGUUUUUUUCUCCCUCCCUGGUUUGAUUUUGCACUUGGUGGACCAAUGAAUUAGAUCAGUAUGCUAAUGAGUAUGCGUUAGAUAAUGAAGUACGCUAGCGCUUGACUGACAGCAUCACUCCAUUGAGCCUGGAUUUUGAAAGCUAGCUAAUCAAUUUUCAACAUGAUGUCUCUGCCAGUGCAAAUGAAUGAAAUGAAUUAAGAUUUUAAUCUUUGUAUUUCCAUGUUAGGGUUCUGGCCAGUCAGAGUCAAAGCAAUAAGUGUCCAUCAGCCAUUCUUACUGAAGAUCCCUCUGCUCUUUUCAGAUCUAAACCGGUGACCGGAUAGCCUCUCUUUAGGCGUCGGCACGUAAGAGAUUUUUUUGUGUGCAUAAAUAACUGUCCGCUUUUGUACUGUACUUCUAUUUCAGUUGAGUAUUAUAUCAGCUGUGUCUGAUUUUACUGUGCCUUUCAUUCAGAGGUUGUAUUUACAACUUUUUAGUCUGUUUAAAUAUCAAUGAAUAAAUGAAUAUAUAUAUAUAUAUAUA